AUGUCAAAAACUUUGACAGCAGGAACGAGGUUCAUGUGAUAGGAGAAGAACGGAACAAGGAUGAGAAUGGCUCUUUCAAGAAUUCCGAUACGUCUAUGCUAAAGCAGGCUUUGCUUGACAGAAGCACUUCCGAAACAUGCUCAGAGUCACCCCAGCACACAUGUCCAUUCUGCAACUACACGAGCAGCAGCGAAGUGAGAAUUCAAAUGCAUGUUGUCGCCCAGCACUCGCAAAAGCCUUCAACUCUUGCUUGUCCCUUGUGCCAAGAUAGCUUUAGAGAAUGGGGUAUCCUAGAGAAUCAUCUUAUGGACACACAUCAUGUAAACAAAGAGGGUGUGAAAAGACUCAUGGCACUAGUCGACAAAACUGAAUGGAUGGCCGCCCAAACUGCUGCUGGUAGUGACAAACAACAAGCAGAAAACAACGUUAAAUUAGAGAACGAGACUGUACCUCCUAAACCUAUAACUAAUGGACCAACUGCUACUCCAGUAUCAGCUAGCACUACGAACAGUGAUACUAGUUUAGACGAAGGUAUUGAAGUUAAACAAGAAAUGCCUGAUUUGGAAUGUCGAAGUGAUGAUAGCGACGGCAAAGACGAAGAAGAUUUCACCUGUGCUGCUUGUGGCAGAAUUUUCACGCAAGUUGAAGAUCUUUUCUGUCACCAGAAUGAGAUGGGUCAUCUAGAAUAUAAAAAUACACCAAAAGGAAAUGGAUUCUUUUGUUGGAAGAAAGGUUGUGGUCUCUUUUUUGGAACAAUGACUGCUACCCAAUUCCAUUACAAGGAAAUGCAUGCUUUGAAGUCAAAUAUUCCUGUAUCUGAGAGACACGUGUAUAAAUACCGAUGUACCCAGUGUAGUCUUGCUUUUAAAACUUCAGAAAAAUUACAAUUACAUAUGCAGUACCACAUAAUACGCGCUGCAACUAAGUGUGUACUUUGUGGACGAAGUUUUAGAACUGUACUAGCUUUACAAAAACAUGUAGAAACAUCCCAUUCGGAUAUGACGAAAGAUGAACUUGAGCAAUACCGCGCUAGCUUGAUGAACAAUCCACUGUUAACAGGAAACGGUGGUGCAAGCGGAGGAGUUCUUGAUCCUCAAACUACAGAACUUCUCAAGAAAGAAAGUAAUCGAGAAGAGCUUGAUGACGACCUGCCUGAUGAAACUAUCAGUAUCGCUGACGAUUCUGAUAUUACCGAUGAUCUCAUAGAAGAGGGAAAUGAAACCAAAGAACAGCAAGUAUUAGAAGAUUAUAUCAAUAGUCAGGCAAUGGCAGAAGAUAGUUAUAAUGAUCCCAAUCGGAAAUAUAAGUGCCAUCGAUGUAAAGUUGCCUUCACCAGGCAAAGUUAUUUGACUAGCCAUAAUAAAACUCUUUUGCAUCGAAAGGGAGAAAAAAUGAGUUACCCUAUGGAAAAAUAUUUAGAUCCUAAUAGGCCUUUCAAAUGUGAAGUUUGCAAAGAAUCAUUCACUCAAAAGAACAUACUUCUAGUCCAUUUUAAUUCGGUGUCUCAUCUGCAUAAAUUAAAGUUAAGUAUGAAAGAAAAUAAUACAGCAAAUUCAACUACACCAACAUCAAGUGCUCCGAGUACCAGAGUGUCUUCACCUGUUUUACCAACUAUCUCUUCAGCGAAUGCUAACAGCACAACUACUAAUGUUUCGCAAUCAUCCGCAAUAAACGAAGGUGAAAAGAAACCGUACAAGUGCAACUUAUGUAAAGUAUCGUAUACUCAAGCAUCGACACUUGACAUCCAUAUUCGAUCUGUGCUUCAUCAAACGAAAGCUUCGAAACUUAAUGAACUUGAUUUGAGUAUACCUGCAAUCGAGCGGCCAGAUUCUGCGCCCUCAGCGGAACAAAAUCAAACGAAGACUCCUGAUAUAACGGGCUCUGUUUCUGAUAUUCCAACAUCGAAUUCUGUAACUGUAUCUGCUCAAAAUACAAAAAUAUCCGAACCUUCAGCACAAGCAGUUUUUACCACUACUACCAGUUCUGUGACGCCUGUCGCAUCCUCUCCUCAGUUUUCAUUUCCUUUGCACCCAGACCAUAAUAACAUCAUGCAACAAGCUUUAAAUCUUAUGCCUCCCUCUUCAAUUAUGCAGUCUCAAGUAUCACCUCCUUUCUCCUGCUCACGGUGCGGUACGAUGUGCGCGUCGCAAGAAGCACUUUUACAACAUCAACAGAUGUACUGCUUUUUUGCGCAAACGCAACUGCCACCGAUUCUUAAUGCUGCACCUACUGCAUCUCAACCACCGCUGAUACCACCAACUCUUACACAAAUGCAGCAGAGGCAACAGACAGAAAGAGAUGAGCCUCCAGAAAAGCAGCAGAGAUCAAUGAAUCAUCCUGAGACAUCGGCUUCGCCAGUAAUUCAGAUGAAUCAUUCAGCUACGCAAAGAAGUCCGACGCCAGGGCAGCAAAUGUUUAGAAGCAGAUUUCCAUUCUUGCGGCCUAAACCGUUAAUAUUUAGGCAUUUGCUGGAAAGUUUCGGAUUCGAUGUCGUAAUGCAAUUUAAUGAAAAUUCUCAGAGGCGGCCUAAGAAAGAUGUUGACAAAAAAGAAGAGCAAAAGGAAAAUGACUUAAAAAAUAAUGAGCAGGGAGAAAAAGAAUCUCUGAAAAGAAAAUUUGACCUUCCAGAAAUCAACAGAUCUAUUUGCAAUAAAUGUGGCAAAGGCUUUUCGGGUAUAUGGGUUCUUAAAGCUCACCAAGAAGAGGCCCAUAAAGAUAUUGUCCCCUUGAAAGAAGUUGAAAAAUUUGCUGAAGAGUUUCGGGAUGAUUAUGAGCGACGUAAUGCAUCUGUAUCUGUCAUCGACGAUGUUAACAAUUUGGCAGAAGCUCCAUCGCCAUCUUCAAGCGGGGAACUCAGCACGGGACCUUCAUCUACUCCUGCCACUCCAUCUGGGGCAACGCCACUUUCUUUGCCUAGUGCUGUGACACCCCCUGUAACAUCUUUAGGAUCUCAGAUGCCAGAUGUGGCAUCUUCGGUGACAGCUAAUCACAUGGCAGCUCAAAUGCAAUUUAACCAGAUUCUGAUGAGCAUGGGUCUUGGCAUGGGCCUUCCUAUGUCAAUGAAUAUGGGUAUGAAUAUGAAUUUGCCUUUUGCAGCCGCUAUGAACAUGCAUCCCCCACUCAUACCGCUCAUGAUGCCUCCGCCGUUGGAUCCUCUAAUGGCUGCAUCGGCGGCGGCAUUUGGCCAUCCAAUGAUGCCGGGGGCAGCCGUGGAUCCCAACUUUUUCGCUGCUCAACAGAAGCUGCUUCAGCAACAGCAACUCUCCCAACAGCAGAAAAGAGCUAGGACUAGAAUCAAUGACGAUCAGCUCAAAAUAUUACGAGCUUAUUUUGACAUCAACAACUCGCCUACUGAAGACCAGCUGCUCGAAAUGUCAGAUAAAUCAGGGCUGCCCCUGAAAGUUAUCAAGCAUUGGUUUCGCAAUACUCUUUUCAAGGAGAGACAACGGAAUAAGGAUUCUCCUUACAAUUUCAAUAAUCCUCCAUCCACUUACCUAAAUUUAGAAGAAUAUGAGAAAACAGGGGAAGCUAAAAUAACUCCCGUUAAUAACGAGAAGCCAAAUACACCAAAGACUUCUGAAAGCCAAAGCUCCGAAAAGAAAGAACAGACUUUAAAUGAAAGUGAAAAAAACGACGAAUUUUCUGAAAUGAAUUCAAAAGAAGUUAAAAUAGAAAGGUAUUCGAAUAAUGACUGUCAAAAAGUGGAACAGCAGCCGCAAAGUAAACGUAAUGAAAAUAAUAUUUCAUUCAGUUCUUGCAUGACGUCAGCCGCGUCAGAUCUAUUUUCAAUGUCAGAUGCGUUAUCUUGUGCCACCUCAUGUGCACCUACCUCAUCUGCCUUGAUGUCAAUGGACUUAAGAACUUCUUUAGCUGAAAGCUUUUCUUGUAAUCUAAACCCCUUUGCAAGUACAUCUAGCAUGAUGCCUCUUAUGCCACCAACAUCUGCAUCUCCUCCAACUUCUGAAUCACCACAUUCCACUGGUACGCCUAGUGGCACACCCACGCCAUCUUGUUCCUCAUCAGGUAAGCGAGCUAACCGUACUCGAUUCACUGAUUAUCAAAUUAAAGUCUUGCAAGAAUUUUUCGAAACUAAUGCCUAUCCUAAAGAUGAUGACUUGGAAUAUCUGUCCAAACUUCUGAACUUGAGUCCCAGAGUGAUUGUAGUGUGGUUUCAAAAUGCUCGUCAGAAGGCAAGGAAAGUCUAUGAGAAUCAACCUCCUAUCACUGCAGAAGAAGAAAAUGCUGGAAGAUUUCAGCGUACACCUGGACUGAAUUAUCAGUGCAAAAAGUGCUUGCAGGUUUUCCAAAGGUACUACGAAUUAAUUAAACACCAGAAAAGUUCCUGUUUUAAAGAUGAGAACCCGCUAGCUGUUCAAAUCAAAGUUAUGUCUGGUGAUGAGAGAUCAUCCCAGGCUGCAACACCAACACUAGCAACUUCUUUGGCUCCUUCAACACCAGUCUCGUUGCCUCGAACCUCUGAAAAAUUCUCUGGAAAUAGCAAUCAGAAUGGCACUUACCGAUGCGAUAAGUGCAGUUUGUCAUUUCCUAGGUUUGAUCUUUGGCGGGAACACCAGCUGGUUCAUAUGAUGAAUCCAAACCUUUUCUCAAAUUACCAGCCAUCUUCCUUUUCUGUCCUACAGUAUGAUACACCUACAGGACCUGGUUCUUUGCCGCUUGCACAAAUGAAGCGGAAAAUGUCGGAUGACGAGGAAUCGCAGAGUGACCAUCCUAGAGACAAAAGACUUAGAACUACUAUAUUACCAGAGCAAUUAGACUAUCUAUAUCAGCAAUAUCAAGUAGAAAGCAAUCCUAGUAGGAAAAUGUUAGAAAAUAUCGCGCGAGAAGUAGGUCUUAAAAAAAGAGUCGUGCAAGUCUGGUUUCAAAAUACAAGAGCGAGAGAAAGGAAAGGACAGUUCAGGGCCCACCAACAAGUUAUUCAUAAAAGAUGCCCUUUCUGUCGCGCGCUUUUUAAGGCAAGAUCUGCUUUAGAAUCACAUCUUGCUACGAGGCAUGCUGACCAGUAUACGAAAGGUGACAUUAAUAUCGAUGCUCUCCCAGAUGGUGAAUGUGAUUCUAAUCCAGAAGAUCCUGGAAGUCCAUCUGAAGACAAAACUUUAACAUCAGGUGCCUCACCCUCCCAAAAUUUUCCUUCCAACUCAACGGAUGUCGUUAACAGUACUAUGAAACGCUAUUACGAAGAUUCGCUUAGAAAAUAUCUAGAUGAAUUAUGUGGAAUACCAAAUUCCAGGGAAAACUGCAAAGAUCCGUCCCUGGUAACUGAUAUGUCUCUUUGCAAAGCCUCUGAGAAAUCAUCUGCAGCUGAAAGUCCAACGAAAGGUGAAUCUCCAUUAGAUCUCAGCAAACCUCUUAAAGCUCUGAUGGAGAAAAGCAACGGGAGUUUAGCUGAGCGAUUUCAUCUUGAAGAUGGAACAUCAAGAGGUGGUCUAAUGGAUGAUGCACGAUCCGAGACCUAUUCUGAAUCGACUGAUAACAUGGAUGGUGAGGAAAGCAAUCCCACAUCUCCAUCUAGUCGAUAUUCAUCUAGUUCUAGCAAACGCUUCAGGACUCAAAUGACUACAGUUCAAUUAAAAGUUAUGAAAUCGAUUUUUGUAGAUUAUAAAACACCAUCAAUGUGCGAAUGUGAAUCUCUAGGUAAAGAAAUUGGUCUUCCUAAGCGAGUAGUACAGGUAUGGUUCCAGAAUGCCAGAGCGAAAGAAAAGAAAGCGAAACUCGCUUUCGUAAAAACAUUCGGCCAUGAAAUGGAGCCGUCAAAAGUGAGUGAUGAAUGUACACUCUGCAAUGUCAAGUACAACCUAAAGUUUUCUCCUUCGACGCUUCAAGAGCACAUUUUUUCUAAGAAGCAUAUCGAAAAUCUGAAAAAUCAUAUAGAUAGCCUAAAAAAACUCACAGACGGCCAAGACUCAGAUACGGCUCCAAGCUAUGAGCCUAUGACAACGCCUAACCACGUAACCAGUAAUAGUGUGAGUAGUUCGUCGCCAACUGUGAAUUCCACCCUUAAGCAAACGGGAAUGGUAAGUAUGUCUGGACUUACUGGCGGUCUUCCCAGUUUCGGCAGUGCCUCCACCAAUCUGGAUAAACUUAAAAACGAGACCUCUCUCGAUUCAUCCGUUGGCCAGAGAAAAGAAACCACUGCCAAUGGAGACCUCGGAUCCAUUAAAGAUAAACAAGAAGAAAAAGAGGACAAUCUUACGCCAGCACCGAAUUCUUCGCAAGAAAAUCACACUUUAGAUGACUUUGUUUUACCCACAACGUCAACUGAAUCAUCUAGUACGCCGUCCUCAGCAGCUGGACUUAUCCCUUAUAUGUAUGCUGGUUUUCCUAGUUAUUAUGGAAAUAUGCCUGGAGCCUUGUUCCACCAUGCUAUGUAUCCAGGUAGGACUAAACUCUGAACUAAUGUUUAAAAUAUUUUUGAUAGUUUUGUAUAACAAUUGUAUGGACCAACUGCAAAGUGCCCUUUGUUAUAGCCGUCGAACUAAGGGUGACCAAAGUUCCUAAAACGAAAUAGCUCAGUUAGAGCCUGAUUUGUAUUUAAACAGUAAAUACGCGGACGGAGAAAAUGUGUUCAUGCUCUGAAUCUUGUGCAGCUCUUCAACUUUUAUAGAUCAUUAGUGUUAGUCUUGCACUUGUUUAAUUAUCACCAGAUCUUUGUUGAUGUACACCACAUAAGGUGAACUGUUACAUAUAACUAGUUACGUGUUUGUUUCAUAGACUAUUCUUUCGUAUCUGAGACUAGUUUGUAAACGGCCCAAAUAAGUGUUUAUGCUAUUCUCCCAAAGAAUUCUUUUCGUGCUUUUUCAGAAAGCACGCUCUGUGUUUUGUCAUUCAGGUGACAAGAUAAAUGAAUGUAAUUUAUUUUUGGAGGCUUAUUGAGUUUGCGAAGAUAACUAAGCGUAUCAUUUUUUAAAAUUUCAUGUUUUAAAAAUCUCUUCGCGUGUGUUAUUAUUAUUUUUCGUUUUGUAUGAAUAGUGCUUUAACUUUAUUUAAGUUCAUCUUUUAGAUUUGUAGGUAUAUUAAUAUCAUUAUUGUUAUUUUGUUGUACAUGUCAAAGCUGCCCAUUGCAUUUCCCCCCCAUCUCUACGUAACAAAAUGCACCCACUCUUAAAGGUUGAUUUUUUAUCGUUAUUAAUUCCUUAAAUUGUGCUGUUUUCUUAGUAUAUGUUAAAGUGCGAUCGGUGAUUUUUAACUUCCAAACCUUUAUUGGCUGACAGAUAGACGAGCAAGGCGAGACUGUUCCGUUAAAUUUUUUGCAUUAGUUGGACAAUUUAAUUUACACUUAUGAAUUGAUUAUUUCUGUUAUGAAUUUUGCAUAUUAUUCAUCUGUGAUUUCAAAUAUACUUGCAAUUCAGGAAGAAUCUCAGGGUCUUCAAAAACUUGGUGCAUUCGAAGCAAAGUGUGAUAGUGCGUUGUCGUUUAUUAAUUUAUCGUAUAGAUAUGAGUUGUAUUUUUUUUAAUCUUGGUUACUACAAAAUCUGUUUGAGUGGACAUUUCUCGAAGGCACUUAAAAUGUGUUUUUUAACAAUACAUCAUUUUUAUUGCUCGUUAGGGGCAUUUUAUCCAGAAUGGAAAUGUGUAUUAUUUCCAUACAUUUUUAAUUGAUAGGGAUGAUACAGACUAAAUUUUUGUAUAAAAGUAACUUCAUAUUUAAAUACAGCUAAUACUCAUUUCGUAAUUUUAAUUCCGUGGUUAAUUUCCAGUUUAUUCUAAUAUAAUAUUUUAAUUCCUACAAAAAUAUACUGAUAUCAAUAAGUUCGGUAUAUUUAUUCAAUAAAGUAGAAAGAAUUAGGAAGACUUUGUGGUUAAGAGGGAAAAAUUUUAUGUCCUGUGUAAUUUUUCAUAUGAAACUUGGGCGCUUGUACUGACUAACUGUAUUAAUGCGAUCUUCUUCAAUUAUAUUACGCUGCUUACAUUUUAAUUUAAUGUACUGAAAAAUCUUAAGCUACAUUAUUUCACUUUGUUUCCAAAAGUAGAGCCCUCAUUUAAGGAAACAAAUUUAAACUAGAGUCUUUUAUAAUCUAACACGAAAUAUCGUAUUUCAGAGUGCUAUAGCUUUUAACUUCAGAUAUGUUGCGUCUAUUGCGGUUUUUUAAACUAGGAUUCCUCCGAGGAUAAAAAUCAAGGUUUUCGUAUUCUUUCCUUACCACCAGUCUCUCGAAAGAUUUUAAAUGCCCCUCUGUCGCAAAGACACUGGUGCUGCUGAAAUUCAGAACUUAAGUUUCAUUCCUGUUAUUCUAGUUUUAAGAGAUGAAUUAUAAAUUUCGGUUUUGGGUUCUGUAAACCAUCGUACACAUCAUAUACAUUUUCCUAUACAUAAGAAAAAUUUUAAACUUGAAACUUUUUUAUCGAGAAUUCAGUUUACCUUGUCUUAGCAUUAUGUCCACUCAAGAGGCUACAUUGCCACCACGUUGUUUCUAAGAUGGUUCGUAAUUAUCUUAUUAAUAUCAUAUCUCUUUUAAUCGAACUGAUUUUUUAAGGAGUGGCCAAAAAUUGUUAAAAUAUGCAAACAUCCCUUCAUUUGCGAAAGUAUUUUUCUUUCAGUCUUCAUAAAAAGUAUUUUAAAAUGGAACGUUACUAUGUUGUACAAAUCAGGAAAAUAGAUGCACUGGCCGCAGGAAGUUGCUAAACACUAGUACUAAAAGAAAUCUGGUAUCUCAUUUUAAAGCUAUACCUGCUCUAGCCGGCGAAAUUGAUCUCAUUCGAAUUAAUUUAUACUAUGCCUAUGAUUGCCAAACGCGAUGUAGGGUAUAACUAGAUUUGUCUUUUAUAUGUGUAUGUGUGUGUUUGCGUGUAAAUGUUCGUGCAUGUGUAUGUUUGCAUUUAAAGAUAUAUGUGUGAGUCUGUGUAUUUGUGUGUGUGCGUAUGGUGAGACAUUUCCAACAGCAAUAUAAACUAAAAUAUUUAUUAUAUCUUUCUGAAUAUCUAUUUCAACAGUCAUGUACUACAUAAAAUUAAUUAAAAUUGUCUUUCACAUUGUUUAUUUUUCAUUCAUUUGAUAUGGAAACGUGCGAGGAAAUGUUUAUAUAUAUUUGCAGAUUUGUAUGCACAUACAGCUGUGUAUGUGUAAAAAGGUGGCUCAUUAAGUAGGUUAUGGUUCAUUAGCAUAGAUGUUGGACUUUGCCGAAUUCAAAAGGAAAAAAAAAAUAUUAUGGCCGCAAUUCGCGAGACCUGGGCGGCUGGUUAACGUCAGUAUUUAUGAAAAUCACACGACCAGGAAAACGUUGUCCUAACAAAUCGAGGCAUUUUCAUGCUGUAUAGUAUGUGGCACUAUCAUGUCACGAUUCAUACUGUUUUUAAAGUUUGGCUAGACUCAUUUGUAAUAAGUUUUAACAAUAGGAGUACUUUGUUCUUUCGUAGACUAGAAAAGUAAAAGAAAUAAGAACUAACCAUUCAAAGACUUGAAAGAAAAUAAAUUAAACUUAGUUUUAUUUUUAAUUUAAAAAAAAUUUAAUUUUUAAUCAUUAUUUUAAUAAAAAAAUCAUUUAAUUUUCUUUCAAAUCUUUGAAAGAUUAGUUCAGUUUUUUACUUUUUAUCAAAAAAGACGUUUUCUGUAUUUUCAAUUAAAUUUUAACAGAGAAAUAAUAAGCUAUUAGCUUGCCGCAGAGCUUUAAAACUUUGUAGAGGAAAUUUAUUGAUGUUUACAAAAGUGCAGCAAUAGCAGUGGGAAAGUGAGAAGAGAAAUUUCGGUAAUUUAAAGCUUAGAAAUUUAGACAGAAAUUCAAUCUUAGAGUGAUGAAUUAGCCUCCUAUUAGUCCUCAUCAGUUCUGCAUAUUCAGUCUAUAAUCAGAAAAAAUUUUUAUGUCUUGAACAAGCUGACGAGCUCUAUAUCAAUUAUAAAUAUAGUUAAAGCAAAACAUAUAUAUUUGUGUGUGUAGUUAAAUGUGAAUGAAUGUGAAAGGCUUUCUGUAUGUAGAUAUGUGUUUGUAUGUGUUAACGCUUGAACAUUGCUUCCCCGGUUUUUCUAUGGUUCUCCACAUUUGGUAAAAUCAUAUCUGAUAUCAGUUGCGAGUUAGAAUUUGAUUAUCUAAGUUUAUGUGCAUAUAGAUUUGUGUAUGUAUGCGUGUGUGUAAAUAUGUUGAAAUGUGCGCAUGUGUGUUUGCGGGAUAUAGAUUUACAGAGAUACUACUCCUUAUAGAGAGGUGCUGAGCUAUUAUGCUAGUGGCAUUUAAUUCUGGAUUUCCGAGUAAAUUUUUGGUGAAUACCGAUUUUUUUUUUUUUUAAAUUACUUCUGUACCAGUAAAUUUAUUACGCAGAAAUUAACAGCAUUUAUAAUUUCCCUUCCUCCAUAUGCCAAUUCAUGUCAUUUAUUGCUUAUAUAGACUUCACAUACAUAUAUAUAAAGACAAGGAUGUUAAGGGAUGUCUGCAUUUGUGAUAGUUUAAAAAGAAAAAAAAGAUGUGAUAAAAUUUAAAGGCCCAUAUAGUUGAUAUUAAGAAUUUUUUAAUAUGUAUUUUUAUUGCAUUCAUGUUAGAUACUUAUAUUAUCGCAAGGAGUAUUUUAAAUUUUUGCUCAAAAUUUUCUUUUAACUUGGGAUAAUAUUAUCAGGUGCUAUAGUAUCAGGCUUAUGUGUAAAGUAUUGUAAAGAAAUUUGUCUUCGAUGUAAUAUAUAGCAGAGCGUUGUGGUAGAGCAAAUAUCCAUUUACCUUAAAUGCUAUUUAUUGUAGAUUUUUUGUAAUUAGUGAGUUGUACAAGAGUCUGGGUGCAUUUUCUUUCAUUUCAAAAUCGAUGCAUGAUGUAUUGUGCCUUGUUGUAUUAUAAUAGAAAGCUCAUACCCUUCCCCCAUGUAUAUUUUUUGAGUGCGCAUGUCAGAAUAGCCUAAAGCUGUGCGUAGUUUCUUUUUUAUGUGUUUGUAGUGUAUAUUGUGUUAAUAUAUGUGUUUUAUUUCUAAGAAAAAAAUUAGUCUGAUUGACCUUUUUAUCUUUUCUUUUUUAAAAAUAAAAAAAAGAAAAGAAAUGAAGAUCAAGCAGCCUUUGACUUGUACAUAGUAUGGAAUGCUUAGUUUCAUUUCACUGUAAUCCAAAGCUUGACUGAAUAAUGUAAAAUAAACUUGUUACAUUGAACCAUA